AUGCAUAACCCGAGUCCCCUCUCCCGCUCGGAGACGUGGUGUCUACUGGCCCUUGUGGGCGCCGGUCUGGGGAUCCUCAAUGCUACGUUCCAAGGCGAUGGAGCGCCACUUGUCGCUUCGAUCGCUAUAUGUGCCAUUGUGUUCGCGGCAGCUUUUAGCCUAAUACGAUGGCUCGGGCCUGUAUUUUUGAAGGCGGGAUUGAAGGGCAAAGAUAUGGCGAAGCCAAGCCGGCCCGAGAUCCCAGAGACCAUGGGCGCAGUAUGUGCAGUGGUCUACUUGAUGGCACUCAUUGUGUUUAUCCCUUUCGCAUUCUACAAGGAUAUUGUAGCUGCCACAUCCGGCGGUGGAAACCGCGAUGUUGUCAUUGAAUCGCAGCAUAUUGAGAACGGUCGAUUCUUGCACCGAUUCCCGCACGGCAAACUUGCCUCCUACCUUUCUGGUCUGUUGUCCCUACAGUCAGUUGUCAUCCUGGGAAUCGGUGAUGAUCUUUUUGAUAUUCGCUGGAGGCACAAAGUCUUGAUCCCUGCAUUCUCAGCUAUUCCAAUGCUUGUCGUAUACUUUGUUGACUUCGGUGUCACGCAAGUCGUCGUCCCCGUACCGCUCCAGCCAUACCUAGGUGACGCCGUCGACCUCGGAUGGCUGUACUACGCGUAUAUGGCAGCAGUCGCGAUCUUCUGCCCCAAUGCUAUCAACAUGCUAGCAGGCAUCAAUGGUAUCGAGGUCGCGCAAUCACUAGUGAUUGCCACCCAGUUACUCUUCAAUGAUGCCAUGUAUCUCGCGCCCAUUACGCCCUACCCGCACCCUGCCACCGAUUCCCAUUUGUUGUCGAUAUACUUUCUGCUACCCUUCAUUGGUGUUUCAGCAGCUCUUCUGUAUCACAACUGGUACCCGUCAAAAGUUUUCGUUGGCGAUACCUACUGCUAUUUCGCAGGCAUGGUCUUCGCUGUGGUCGGCAUACUAGGACAUUUCAGCAAGACCCUACUGUUGCUGUUCAUUCCCCAAAUCUUCAACUUUGUCUACUCGGUUCCUCAACUAUUCAAGCUCAUCCCUUGCCCUCGGCAUCGGUUGCCCAAAUUCAGCGCCUCCACCGGGCUUUUGGACGCUUCUGUCACAGAGUGGACGAACCCGCCAUCGCCAUUGGUUGAUCUAGCAUUACGUCUCUUGCAUGCAGUCAAACUAGUGCGCAUCACGCAGGACGAGCAAGGUCGGAUCACCGAGUCGACAAAUCUCACCAUCUUGAACUUGUGGCUGGUAUGGAUGGGCCCCAUGCGGGAAGACCAACUCGCGUGGCACAUGGUUGCAGUGCAAACCGUUUGUGGACUCAUUGGUUUGUUUGUCCGACACCGACUUGCAUUGCUCGUCUUCAAUCACGAUAACAGAGAGUUUGGGUUCAUAGCAUAG